AUGCGGGGAGCUGACGGGCCCGCCGCGGAGGCCAGAUGUGUGACGGGGUGCUUGUGCGAAAGGUUAAUGUUGAGACGGACACGAGACCAGGCCCGGCACUGGACUCUGCGGUUGAGGCUGUCCAGGGUGCAGCGCCCAGGCGGCUUUUGGUCAGACACCCGCGGAGCAAGUUAUGACACACAGGCCACACUGGCCAGGAUGCAAGCGGAAGCGGCGGAGCUCGAGCUCGGCUGCGACCGGCUGUUGCCUCGGUCAAGCGACGUUUUGGUUGUUUGUGUUUUCACCGCGGCGUGCCCUGGUGCAUGCAGUCUCGAUAGCCGGACGAGCACAUGCACUCGAAACUCACGCCACCUCGUCCGCAACAUUGCCAUUGUCUGUAGGCGGCUUGACACCGCUGUGCACACGGUUCCUAUACUCGUUUUCCACGCCUGUCCGCUGGUCAGUCCGAUCAAGUGGUCGGGCAAUGAUGGCGGCUUGGUGAGCCACAGGCAUUGCUGUCAACAGCCGCUCUCUUGCGUUCUCGUUACGCAGCCAUUGUCUGAUUUUCAGCCUCCCCCACGGAGGCGCAAAUCAUCAUUCGCCAUCUGCUGGUCUUUGCCUUGCCAAUAUUCCAAACAAGGCGGCUUUUGA